CUCUUCCGGGGAAGCCUGCGCUCUCUGACGGUCGGUGUACGGGCAAGCCAGCAAGCGUUGCGCUACGCCAUUGUUGAAAAGGGCAGCGCUCAAGGCGCACGCCGAGCUUGGACGCUUACGCAGUUUUUCACUUUUCAUCGAUCCCGUUGCUGUGAUAUUAGAUUGUUUUAUACCCCAUAUUAGGUAUCUUUUUUUCUGAUUGAUUCAGAAACGAGGGAACGAAGCCAGACAAAAUGGAAGACGACCAGCAGUUCUGUUUGAGGUGGAACAACCACCAAAGCACACUAAUUCAAAAUUUCGACACACUUCUCGAAAGCGGGACGCUGGUCGACUGCACCUUGGCGGCGGAGGGGAAAUACUUAAAGGCCCAUAAAGUAGUUCUCUCCGCGUGCAGUCCCUAUUUUGAGGGCCUCCUCAGCCAGCAUUAUGACAAACACCCAGUCUUCAUACUCAAAGAUGUUAAGUUUAAAGAAUUAAAAGCGAUGAUGGACUACAUGUACAGGGGAGAAGUUACUAUCUCCCGAGACCAAUUGGCAGCACUCGUCAAUGCCGCCGAGUCUCUACAAAUAAAAGGUUUAUCGGAGAGUAAAACGGGUGGUAUCUGUAAGACGGACUGUAGGCAACAAAAGGUCGUUCCACAAGCAACGGCCCCGUCGUUAGACAUUCCACACGCGUCUUCCGGGCUCACAAUAGAAAAAAAUAAAGUUCCUAGGCAGAGUAUGGCACAAGGUUCCCUCGGGGACCUGCCUGAAGACUCGGCCAGUCCCCAAGUACCUAAGGGUCUCUCCUCGAGAGAGGGCUCUCAAAGUCCAAUAUCGAGGAAAAAGAAAAGAUCUAGAAGAAGUAUCGGUGAAGAUAAUUCUGUUGAGAACCACGAGUCAAAUUCGAGUGAUGUGCCCCAACAAAUGGGUAUUCCUGCACUUGGUAUCGCCCCGGUCGCAGACGAGAAGACGCACGCAGACCCCACAGACUCGCUCGGCAGGUCAGCCUUAAUGACGCAGCUGACGAAACCCGCGGACGAAAUGCUACAGCUGCCACUUGAGAAGCCCGAGCCAAAUGAUAGUCUCAUCGAGCCAAAGUCUGAAUAUCUCGAAGAUCCGGAGGAGAGCGUCGAAGACCUGACGCUCGAUGACGAUAUGAAUGACCUGAAUGAAAUGGAUGGCGAUAAUAACAGAGCAGGACCGUCCCACGACCCCUCCCAACAGCCUGCAGGUAUGAGCGCGUGGCACGUUAUUAGGGAUCGAAAUAACGCGGGAGGUGUCGUGGGCUCGGUGGCAGGAGCUACAGGACCGACAGACGAAGUUUUCCUGGCAGCCCAGGAGGCCGCCCAGGCCCACCGCGACUCUCAAGGAGUGGCGAGGAAACGGGUGACCGUUUCGUGUGCCCGAACCUCAGGCUCGGGGGUUCGAUCGACGUUCUUGAAGGAGACGAGCCCAGUGAUCGUGCCACGCCACCUGAGAACUUCAACCCCGGAGCUGGACGAGCGAAUAGUGAACACCCAUGUGGAGAACAGGAAAAUGGCGGACAUUCAAGUAGUCAACAAGCAAAUGGUCAAGAGAAGAAUGGCGGACAUUCACGUAAAGGACAAACGAAUGGUCAAAAGAGAAAUGGCGGACCACCAUGUGGUCGACAAGCGAGUGGAGAAUAGACAAGUGGUGGACAAGCGGACAGGGGACAGGCGAGUUGAUGAUCAGCGCAAGAGGAGGCGCAGAUCAAACAGCAGCAAGUCUGACAGCGGCUCCUCAACUUGCAGCGAGUGGAUGGACAUAAAGAAUACGAACCAGUACAAGCAAUAUCACAUCUGCAAGUAUUGCAACAAAGAGUUCAGAAAAGGGAACGUCCUAGCUGUACACGUGAAAAACAAUUGUUUAAAAAAUCCAGCGGCAACGUGCAACAUGCAGGAUAUGUCUCGACCAUAUGUCUGCAAGGUUUGCGGGUGCCGCUUCGGCAAAAGGAAAGCGUUGAGCUACCAUGAAAGGCACGUUUGUCAGAAAUCGAUCACCUGCCAUAUCUGCAACACGAAGUUAUCCGGAUCAACCGCGAUCGCGCGGCAUAUUGUUCGCUGCAAAGAGAAAAUGGCCUACCAGCAGCGCAGAGGUCACAAGGACAAUUAUCCGGCCAUGUUCGUCCACUCGCAGAUGAUCUCCUCGAGCUCGGACGACAACGAAUAAAUCUAUUUCGCGGUUCUUCGCGGGUCGCUUUUUAAAUUAUCGAUGAUGCGUUCGGUGUUACUGCGGUUUUUCUGAUUUUCUUUUCGGUAGAAGUUCACUUGCACUCGAUACAGCCAUUUCAUUGUUUAUGAUUCAGUAGGGAAAGAAAGGAAAUUCUACGUUCAUUCUGUUCGUUUGUUUUAAAGCAUCUCAGUUGAUGAUGGAAAAAUAAUAAUUAAUUUAAGGUUGAAAAAUGAGGUUUGUGUUUGUUAAAUUCUUAGCCGGACUAGAUUUAGCAAGGCAAAGUGUUAAUUGGUAAUUGGAGCGGAAUGGAAAUUUCUAGAUGAGUUAGGGAUAUAUUGAUGGGAAUAAUAUCGGUAUUCUUUCUUAUCGAGGAAGAACCUGGAGAUUUGUAUUGUUUUGCCAUUAUGUUGCGGAUAUGCUAUUGAAAUAUUUUUUUCGAUAAAUCGAUAAAAUCGAUGUACUGUGGGAAUGUUUUACUAUUUUUUAAUAUUAUUUUAAAAAUAUUGUCUUAAGUUUCCUUUUUAUGUCUUUAAGGGUUUGGUCUAAUUGGCAUACUUAAAUCAUGGGAAAAUAUAAUUUUUUAUAUAAUAGUAUAAAGUUUAAAACUAUUUAAACGAAAUAGUCACGAAAUUUCUUUUGUUAUACGUGAAAUUAUGUAAUUAGUAUUAGUGGGUUUAUUACUUCUAAGAAUAACUGUCUUUGAUUCAUACUGGUAUUGAGCAAGCUUGGUUUCAACGAAUUCUUGUGGAUGAUUUUAAAAGUGACCCCCGCAUCUUCAUAUCUAAUUAUUUCGUUACCGACUGUUUCAUUAAAAAAGUCAUACUGAUGGAUUUUGAAGUCGUUACCAAAUACCAUAAGAAGUAUUAUUAACUUUUGCCAGUUUCGUUCAGUAUUUUGCAUUACUGCGAUUAUUUAUUUACACAAUACGAUCUUACGAUUAUUUUUCUACCGAUUCAUUUUGUAUUUUAUAUUAUUUCGUAUUUUUUUACCUUCAUACAUGUUAACGCUCAGAGAUUGUAGCGUUGACUGUGCAACAUCGUACAGGAACGUGAAAACAUAAUACACGUAUUUUGUAUACCAAUAAUUUGUUCUACUUUUAACAGACAUUUCCAAUAGUUUACCAGUUCUAGUUUUUGCAUAGAAUCCUUCUCGAACAUUUUUUAGGAUGCCGUGAUCCGCUCGAAGAAAUUCACUGUCAAUUUCCGACCAUCUUCCUGACGUGAUUCAUUACUAGUAUUUAACAAAGUUUUUAACAAAUGUACUAAACAAUAGUAACGGUAAUUAGUUAUCCGUAUUAUCUUAUAAUUCUAAGAAUAUAUGUAGCAUUUAUUAAGAUAAGUAAACGUGUGUUAAUGAAAUAAUGUGAAUAUUCAAGUUAAUUCGAGUGAAAAUAUAUCAUCAAUUAUCAACCGAGAAUUUUGUUAGACGCAGACUGUUUUAUGAAACGAUCAAACCCCAAACACGACAACGCGACCACAACGAACUCGAUAAUCACUGUCAGCUGCGACCGAUUAAACGAUCAAAUGCUCAUUAUAAACCCAACAUCACCGAGUUCCUAGAAUAUUCAUGUGACACGUUAACAUUAAUAUUCAUUAAA